GAAGUUUAACUACUCUUGGGCCGAUGUGGUAGAGGAGGAUGAAAGACGAACAAAGGAGGACAAUGAAACAAAUAUAGAAAAGAUAAACAAGAAGGAGAUGGAAUCCAAUGUUAAGAUAUUCAGAGAGGAAAGAAAUGAAAUUCUCAGAGAGCCAAUCUUGGAUUUUGGUGAAGGACCAGUUACUAAUUUGGAAGAAAAACUUGAAAUUCUGAAGUUUCCAUAUAAGUGGGCAGAUAUAGUAGAGGAAGAAGAGAGAGGAUCAAAGGAGCCUCCCAUUUUUAACAAAACCUCACUACAAGAUGACCUGGAACAUCAGAAAGUGACUGAAAAAGAGGGAAAUGCAAAACAAGAGAUUCCUCCAGACAAUGUCAGCGAAACCAAAGAUUUACCUCAACUAUUGAAAGCAGAGACUGAAGCUGAAAAGAAAACCAAAGAGUUGGAAGUUAGCAAGAUGGAGACUCAGCAGAUUAAACCAGAGCUCUUAAGCAAUGAUGAAGAUGAAAACGAAAACUUUGUUCCAAGAAAACUUUUCCUUUUUGGAGUUGUGGAAUUUAAGAGUAACUGGAAACAGAUAAACAAAAAUGCUGAACAACCCAACACCCCUAAGAAAUCAACUAAUGUGUUCAACUCUGCAACUGAACCUGUACCAAAAGUGACAACUGUGAAAAAGAGAACUAGCAUCAGCAGGAAAAUCAAGACAUUCCUUGGAUUUAGAUAAAAAGAAAAAUUACAGUGCAGUGUUUACUCAUUAAAUGA